UACAAAAUUGCAUGAGAUGUACACACUGUUCAACAAAUUUCAUUAAAUUUGAUCCACCAGUUUUUUUAAGCUACAAAAAUCUGAGAAUCGCAUUCAUGUGUCUAAAAAUUAGAUAGACAGUGCAUCAGAAAACAGAAAAGGCGCUGGGAAUCGAAAUACGCCGAGGAGCACGGCCCUAGAACGAGAGCGUGUUGCCCAGUUUCGGAUGAACGAAGAGUAUUAUGGAAAGAGGAUGUCCAGCUGCUAGCAGUGAUUCCGAUAGCGCCUCCAUCUCCAGCUCCACCUCGGCCAGCAACCAGGCCUCCACCAGCCGGAGAGCAGGAGCAGCAGCAGCAGCAGCAGUAGAAGCAGCGGACGAGCCCGGCCGUGAAGAUUUCGCAUCCAUGUCUAGACUGCAGGAUGAUGUCGAUGAGGACGUAUGUGUGUCGUCGAACUCACAGCAUGCAUUCGCUGUAGUGCUCGACGACGAGUCCAGCACUUUUGAGAUUAGCUCUUCCAACUCACUGCCCACCAGUGCGGGGGCUGCGUCCAGCGUCGGUGUAGUUGCCGUCGACGACAGCUCGUCCACGGACACCAUCAAUGGUGGCGGAGGCCCUGAUCAUCCCUCCUCCAACGAACAAUGUCAAGGUUUCUUUAACGAGGAGCCUCCGGUCGUAUGCCUUAUAAACGAUGAGGAUGAUGAUGAUGAGGACGAUGCGGAGCCGGAGGAGCAGGAGGAGGAAGACGACGAGAAUUUGAACGAGGAGGACGACGAAGACGUGGUGGACAUUGUAGUGGCUGCUAUAGACUGUCCCAACACAUCACAAGUACCCCUAGCCGAUGGCACCAUUGUGGCGGCCGAUGGUUCCAAGAUCUUCCUCGAAACGCCUGUCGUGGAGGAGGCCCAGCCGCAUCCUCAUCCCGACCCAGCUGUCUCUCAGUCUGAGCUGACCGGAAAACCGAAGCGCCUGAGCGAUGAGUUUCUGCUCGGAGAGGAUGCAGAGCAGGCGGACAGUCAGCAGCAGGGACAAUCCAGAGGGAAAUCAAAACCGGAGAACCCCGACACCACCUGCCUGCAUGACCGGCUGAUGUCAGUGCGGCUGAAGCAGAUGAGCCUCACGGCAAGCACUUCUUCGAAUCCUGCGCCAGCGGUCUUCGCCGUUGGCGACAUCGAGUCAAUAGACCUCAUCGAGCGCCGUGAUUUCGAAACCGAGCAGCGUCUCACUGGCGGCAUUAUCCUGCGCAACAGCUCCAAACUGAAUCUAAGUCUGAUCAAAUCUAUGGCCGGGGGACGAGCAACUGGGGCAGCUGGGGGAGCGGCUUCGACUGCGGCGAGCAAAGACGAUUGGCCCAGCAGCAGUAAUGGCCGGACCGUUUCCUCCGAUAGUAAAUGCACAUAUAAGGAUUUGUCGACGACUCCAACCAGCAGCCGCAAGUAUACCAACAGCCGGCUGAGCAAGUCCACUGCCAAACUAAACCUGGGCUCCUCGCUUGGAAGAGAACCCUCGAGCUGCAGCCAGCAUCGGUCCAGCUUCAGUUUAAACGCCAGUUCCAGUUCAACGUCAAAGUCAAGUCAGGAGUCAUCGGCCACCUCCACGGGAGCAGCCCGCACGGACGUGUAUACCAACACCAACUCGAAUGAUUACCUGGGCGUGGCCCCGGGCACUUCCUCUUCCACGUCCGCCUGCCAGCAGGAGGAGGGAACUGCAGAGAGUGCAAGCGGCUCUGUGUCUUAUAGUUCGGUGGCAUCGCAGACCUCUCAGGAAGGCGGCUGUAGUCGCACCUCAGUCCAUAACCAAGGAUCGGCCUGUCUGGGCGAUUCUGAGGCAUCCACUUCAUCCGGCGCUGGAGCAUCGAGCUCCUGCAAUCGCUCCUCCACGCGCCAAGUGAACGCCAGUGCCCAGACGCAGGAGCGUUUCCUGGCACGCAGCAGUUCAGGGGCAGCUUCAUCCUCGAAUGGAACAUCCCAGCCGAGGCGUCGCAAUGAGUCCAGCGACGCCAUCCACCUGGAGGUUCUGGUCGAAGAGGGAGCUAACAACGGCGGAGAUAAUAACCACGUGGAGCCGGGCGAUUUCAGUGGCGAAGAGCCAUGGGCCAACUGCGACGAAGAGAACAACUGCUCAGAUCUGGAAGAGAUCUGCACAUGUCAGAACGGAAACGAAAUGAGCUAUGGCGGCAGCAAUGCCAGCUUGAGCGAAGCCUAUGACCUGGACAACAUGGACCACGAGGACCACAACCUUUCCCUGUCCUUUUCCGCUACCUCUUCGAAUCCCGUCGGCCUCGGCGACUGCUCGCUGAACAACCCCGUCGCACUAAUCUCCCAGCAGCGCAAACGGAAGUACAACGAGGGGCGCCUCUUGGACGGCGGCGACUACUCCCUUAACAUUUCGCCCAGUGGCGGAGUGGGCUUGAAUGCCGGGGUGGGCGACAACUGCCGCAAGCGGAUCGCCUACGACUUCGCCUCUACGCCACGAUCUUCGCAGCAUUCAGGGCCCACGGCGGUGGCCUCUCACUUGAUCAAUGCCUCGCCAGGAUCAGUGUCGGGAUUGGGUCGGCGCACCCCAAGAUCCGUCCCCACACGGGACAAUCCGCCACCCGAGCUGCCACACUGGUUGGCCCAGUUCCAGCGCUGGUCACAUGCUGAACGUCUGCUGGCGGUUGACCGCCUGAUCGACCACUGCGAUCCGUCGCAGGUGCGCCACAUGAUGAAGGUGAUUGAGCCGCAGUUCCAGCGCGAUUUUAUCUCGCUGCUGCCACGGGAACUGGCCCUGUUUGUGUUGUCCUACCUGGAGCCAAAGGAUCUGCUGCGAGCUGCCCAGACCUGCCGCAGUUGGCGCUUCCUUUGCGACGACAACUUGCUGUGGAAGGAGAAGUGCCGCAUUGCCCAGAUCCUGGCCGAGCCGAGAAGUGAUCGCCCGAAAAGGGGACGCGACGGCAACAUGCCACCCAUUGCCUCGCCAUGGAAAGCCGCCUAUAUGCGUCAGCACAUCAUUGAAGUGAACUGGCGGCAGCGACCAGUCCGCAAGCCGAAAGUUCUGAAGGGCCACGACGACCACGUGAUCACUUGUUUGCAGUUCUCCGGUAAUCGCAUUGUUUCCGGCUCCGACGAUAACACUCUCAAGGUCUGGUCGGCGGUAAACGGAAAGUGUCUGCGCACAUUGGUGGGUCAUACGGGCGGAGUUUGGUCUUCCCAAAUGUCGGGCAACAUCAUCAUUUCGGGCAGCACGGAUCGCACCCUCAAGGUCUGGGACAUGGACAGCGGCGCAUGUGUCCACACACUCCAGGGCCACACUUCCACAGUGCGCUGCAUGCACCUGCAUGGCAAUAAGGUGGUCAGCGGUUCUCGAGACGCCACUUUGCGUGUUUGGGACAUCGAGCAGGGUUCUUGCCUGCACGUGCUGGUUGGUCAUCUAGCUGCCGUCCGUUGCGUUCAGUACGAUGGAAAGCUGAUUGUGUCGGGAGCCUACGAUUACAUGGUGAAGAUCUGGCAUCCAGAGCGCCAGGAGUGCUUGCACACCCUGCAGGGCCACACGAACCGCGUUUACUCGUUGCAGUUCGAUGGCCUUCAUGUGGUAUCAGGCUCCCUGGACACCUCCAUUCGGGUGUGGGACGUUGAGACUGGUAAUUGUAAGCACACUCUGAUGGGCCACCAAAGCUUGACCUCGGGCAUGGAGCUACGGCAGAAUAUUCUCGUCUCAGGAAACGCAGAUUCAACUGUUAAGGUGUGGGAUAUCACAACCGGCCAAUGUCUGCAAACGCUGUCGGGUACCAACAAGCAUCAGUCUGCGGUUACCUGUCUGCAGUUCAAUUCGCGAUUUGUGGUGACCAGCUCGGAUGAUGGCACCGUGAAAUUGUGGGACGUGAAGACGGGCGAAUUUAUUCGCAAUCUAGUGGCCCUCGAUUCGGGUGGCUCCGGUGGGGUUGUGUGGCGAAUAAGGGCAAACGAUACCAAACUGAUUUGUGCAGUGGGAUCGCGAAACGGAACUGAGGAGACAAAGCUGAUGGUCCUGGACUUUGAUGUGGAGGGGGCUUGUGUCAAAUGUUCAUAGGAGAAAGCACCGGGUAUUCGCUUGUGCAUUUGGCUCUGGGCCAAGGACGAGGGUCAAGGACGAGGCAGUUAGCGAACAGCUUCGAGCGAGAUUUCAUCGCAAACUCAUCUAAGCACACAAACAAUCACAAUCACU